UCGAUCUAUCGCACUUUAUAAAUUCCAUCGAUACUAUCGAUGGAGCCAUCGAUGGAUUUCCCAGCUCUACCCCACACCACCCCUAUGAGCACCCACAAGAUCCUAAUGCCGGUUGCCAAAAGAUAACAAAAAAAAAAAGAUUGUGUGAAAAAUUAUUUAGUUCUAAAUUAAAGUAGGCCAAGCACAAUGAAUGCUCUACGGCAAAGGCUCUCUACUUUGGUGUCAUUGAGCACAUUCCAAUUGCUAAGACGAACAAGCAGGAGGAGCCAUCAACGUCUCUUUGUUGGUGGUUUUAUGCUGGCAAGUAGUGGCUUCGCCACACUGAUCACGUACGCAAAUGCGGCGGCGCCCGAUGAUGCAUCAAAGGUCAAGCGUAAGUUGAAUGUGAACCGUUUCAUGGCGGAACCCAUUACGGAUGCCAAUGUCCUGUUGGAGGAUCCAGAUAACAUGCGGCAUCGUGUGGAAUUGCUAAUUAUGGAAAUUCAAGCGGAAUUCUGUCGCUCCCUGGAAACGGAAGAGAUGAAUGGCCAGAAAUUUAUCGUAGAUCGUUGGCAGCGCAAAGAAGGUGGCGGCGGGAUUACUUGUGUCCUUCAGGAUGGCGAUGUAUUCGAGAAGGCUGGAGUGAAUAUUAGCGUCGUCACUGGUUGGCUACCACCACAGGCAGUGCAACAGAUGCGUGCGCGUGGCAAAAAUCUAACCGAGGGUAGCAAAUUGCCUUUCUUUGCCAGUGGUGUCAGUGCCGUCAUCCAUCCCCGUAAUCCCAAUGUGCCCACCAUACACUUCAAUUAUCGUUACUUUGAGGUAGAGACUCCCGAUGGCCAGAAACAAUGGUGGUUCGGUGGCGGUACAGAUCUUACCCCCUACUAUCUGGAUGAGAAAGAUGCCGUCCAUUUCCAUAAGACCCUGAAAAAUGCAUGCGAUGAACAUGAUGCCACCUAUUAUCCCAAAUUCAAGAAAUGGUGUGAUGAAUACUUCCGCAUUAAGCAUCGUCACGAAUGUCGUGGCAUUGGUGGAAUUUUCUUUGAUGACAUCGACGGCCCAAAUCAGGAUGCCUGCUUCAAUUUCAUUUCAAGCUGUGCCCGUGCCGUCAUCCCCUCCUAUCUGCCCAUUGUUCAGAAGCACAAAAACGAUGACUACGGCAACAAUGAGCGUCAAUGGCAAUUGCUUCGUCGUGGCCGUUAUGUUGAAUUCAAUCUGAUCUAUGAUCGUGGAACCAAAUUUGGACUCUACACGCCAGGUGCUCGGUAUGAAAGCAUUUUGAUGUCUCUACCUCUCCAUGCCCGCUGGGAGUACAUGCACGAGCCCAAGGAGAAGACCAGAGAAAGUGAACUACUUAAAGUACUUAAAAAUCCCAAAGAUUGGGUCUAAACGAAAAUGGGUAGUUGUCAGCGGCUGUAGAGAGACUUUUAUUUUAAAUAUAUUGGGAAAUGGUGCCUUUUUAUCCAUAUAAAUCUAGAUAUAUAUAUGCAAUAUUAUUUAAAUUAAAAACUGAAUACGAUCAAAAUUGUUCUUUGUAUUAAAAUUUGCCUUGUUAACUAAUUAUAAUUAAGAGAAGCAAAGUAAAGAAAUUAAAAAUGUGUUUUCUUCGACUACAAAUUUACGGUUAAAACAAGAAA